CCUAAGUCGGUGGCUUUUUGACUGAUAAUUUUUUUGAUGUCGGGCGGUUGCGUACAUGUAUCAAUCAAGUUAGAUAUCUUACAUCCAGAUUAUUUGUGUGAUCUUGUAAAUAAAACACCAGAAUCGGAAAUUCGUGGAUGUAAGAAUGUGUUUGGGGAAUCUGUUACAAAGGGUUCCAUAUUCCUUGACGCACUCGAUUUCCAGCGCAAUAAAAUUAAAAAUCUUCUAAAUGAAACACUCAAAGAAAAGUUGAGCACAUCCAAUAAAGGGUUGUUAUCUACUGCGCAAAAGGACUUAGACGCAAUGGAGAAGAAGAGGAAGAUAGCCAGGUCCGUAUAUGAUGAAAUGCUUCAAUAUGGUAAAAGACUUCUAGAAUGCAUCAGAAUUUUAAAGGAUGUCAAUGAUGAGUUACAAAAUGUUUCGUCAUUAAGAUGUAACAGCGUAAUUAAUGGAAUGUUCAAGGAUAUACCGUCGUUGUUUAAAGUCCAUGAACAUUUGACUGAAAGUUUUGAUUCAUGUGAAGCUGAAGACAUAGAAUUGCCCUCAACUUUUACCAGUGACAAGGAGAUGCAAAUCUUGAAUAUAUACAAGAGCUUCUUAUGUCGUUAUGCAGUGAAUUUCAAGACUUUUUCGGAAAUGUAUUCCACGAAUGAAGAGCUUCAAAAUAUAUGUAAAGGUAUCGUUGCAAAAUCUCAGUAUCAAGAGCAACGUAUUCAAAAUGUACCUGGGAUGUUCUAUGGUGUCAGCACAGCAUUACCGCGAUACAAAGAUCUCAUUUAUAGUAAGCUUCAAUUGUUAAAGAACAUCUCCGAUAAUUUGAGUUAGGGCUUAAAGGAACCAUGCUUCCGAGCGACCCAGAAUAUACAAAUGUCACAAAGGCUUGGAAUUUCAUCAAGGAUUUAUUGGAUCGUUCGGAACAAGAAAUUAUUUUGCAGGAGAAAAUGUUGAAUGCUAGAGAAGCACUUGGUAAACUGGAUGGUCUUCGUGUAAAGUAUACUCAAAUUCCGUUACUACAUCUAGAAGGUCCCGCAAAGAAACUACCUAGACGUUCAAUACAUAGACGGCUUUUGGAUAGAUAUUUAUUUCUUUUUUCCGAAUAUUUGGUCAUGACUGAAUCCCCUAAUGCCGUUGGUCGUUAUCAAGUUAAGUCAGAGAUAGGUUUGGCUGGAAUGACAUUAUGUGAAGUCAAAGAUGAUGAAGAAAUCAAUGUUGAACACUGUUUUAGAAUUAAAGCGAAAGAGCUAUGCGUCGAGGUUGCUUUCUCAAAUGAUGACGAAAAACAACUUUGGUGGCGUGAACUUCAACAGGCUAUUGAUUGUGAAUGUAAUAAACCGAAUAGUAAUUGUUUCAAUGAAAAAAAGUCAAUAAUGAGUGCAAAUAAUUUAGGUGAAGUUGCAGCUCAAUGGGUUAAAGAUGAAUCAUCCACUAUGUGUACAAAUUGUUGUACAGAAUUUACUACACUUAAUCGACGACAUCAUUGUCGUGCAUGUGGCAAGUUAUUUUGUGGUUCCUGUUCAGCAUAUAAAGCUCCAUUGGAAUCUUGUGGUGGUAAAUAUGAACGAGUAUGUGUUGUAGACUAUUAUUUACUUAAUAAGAAUUUCAAACCUCCAAAACCUAAAAUUAUGGAGGCGAUAUUGCGUCGAGUAGACAAAGUAAGUUUCUUUUGUUUAAAAAUAAUUACUGAGUAGUUUGAUUGAUGGUUUUACAUAUCACAGUUAUUAACAAGUAUAAUUUAUCACUGUCUCAUUCACACAGUUCCUUUUUAUUCUCUAUAGAACUAUUCCUAUUCAAGUACACAAUUGUUUGAAACUUAAACUGUGCUCAACCAGUCUUGCCAUCAUUCAUUAUAUAGCCCAUUCUUGAAUGUAACAUUAACAUUGUUUCCAACUCUGAUUAAAUUAGGGAAACUCAAACCAUAUAGUAGACAUCUAUCGAAUGUAUAAUUCCCUUACAAAUUUGUGCAGUACAUUACAUUUUAAGUAAUUAUUCUAACUUAUUGGUCAAGUAUUAAUUUAUGUUGUGUUAUUCGGUUUUGAGCGCCAAGUUUUUUAUAUAUGACCUAUUGAUACUCUAUCCACUUAUUCAAAUGAUCGAAUUUGUUAAACGGAGGUUCAUUUUUGCUUACUUACGCCUGUUACUCCUCGUGGAGGAACAUAGGCCACCCACCAGCACUCUCCAUCCAAACCUGUCCUGGGCAAUCCUUUCCAGCUCUUUCUAGUUGUUAUUCAUCCUUUUCUUAUCUGCUUCUAUUUGCUGACGUGAUGUGUUCUUUGACCUUCCUCUUUUCCGCUACCCUUCAGGAUUCCAAGUUAGCGCUUGUCUCGUGAUUCAGUUCGAUGAUUUCCGUAAUGUAUUUCCUAUUUAUUUCCAUCGUCUUUUCCUAAUUUCCUCUUCAGAUGGAAGGUGGUUUUUUCAAUCCCACAGUAGGCUGUUACUGAUGGUAUCCGGCCAAUCAAUGGAUGUUGAGUAUCUUGCGUGGACAACUAUUUAUAAAUACUUGUACCUUCCUGAUGAUGGUUGUAGUGGUUCUCCAAGUUUCAGCUCCAUAGAGUAGAAAUGUCUUGACGUUCGUAUUGAAGAUUCUCACUUUGAUGUUGGCUUGCAGACAGUUGUUUCGAGUUCCGUAUGUUCUUCGAUUGUAGGAAUGCUAUCCUUGUUUUGCCAAUCCUCGCCUUUACGUCUGCAUCAGAUCCUCUAUGUUCAUCGAUGAUGCUCCGCAGGUACAUAAAAGAUUCCACAUCUUCCAGAGUUUCCCCAUUAAGUGUGAUUACUUUAGUGUUCUCCGUGUUAUAUUUGAUUAUCUUGGUUUUUCCUUUGUGUAUGUUGAAGCCCAAACUGAGGUUCAUGCAAGUUUUUGAAUCAAUAACUCCCCCUCGUUAUUACAUAAGUUGUUAAUUACAGUUUAUAUUUGAAUAGUAAUAAUCUUUGUAGAAUAUCACUGUUCUUUUUAAUAUCAUCAUAGAUGUGACUCAUAUAUAUGAUCAUGAAUCUUUUCACAGUUUAAAUCACGAACUGUUCUCCAUUAUAAAUAUAUUUGUCAUAGAACUUGGUAACUAAUAUAUAUAUACAUAUGUUUAUGUUUACCAUUUGAUUUACUGUAAAAGUUCAUUUUAUCACUUAGUCAUUUCAACCAAUUUAGCCUUAUUUAAUGUGAAUGAUUAGUUAAUUCAAAGUCACGUUUAAUUUAUCUCGACCAUAGAUUUCACUGUAUUGAACACACACACAAAAAAAAGUUACACAACAGUGUAGAUAACAUACCAUUUCAUGAAAUGUUUAUUACACUAUACAAUAAUGGAUUCAUUUAACAUGUAUGUAUAUAUACAAUAAGUGAAAAUAUGAAUAUGAAUAUUUUCAUGUAAACAAUAUGAUGAUAUACAAAUUGAUUAAACUGUUUAUAAAUGAUCAAAUAUUUCCAUCAAACUCAUCUUUGAUAACUUCAUAACUUCAUAGUCUAGCUGUGAAAAGUUAGAUAUACAGUGAGUUGGUAGAGUUUUGUUCUCUGAGCUAAAUAGUUUGGUCUUAGGGUUUUCAUCUUUAUUCUGACUGACAUCAUCAGCACAAACGUCUAUCUGAAGUUUGUGAUGAUGAAGAUGUCGUUCAAAAUAACGAUGGAAGCUCCACAACCAAACCAUCCAGCUCAGAGAAUAAAACUCCACCAAAAAAAUGCAGUGAGUCUGACAGCAAUUCCGCUUUGUAUAUAUAUAUAUAACUUGGUUCUUUCGUAAUGAUGUUCAAAGAAUUUCUACUUUCGAUUAUCGUUAUCCUUGAAGGACUAUUGAUAACCUGUGAUAACACUGCGUAAACAAGACGAAUAUCCGACAAUAUCUGUUCAAGUGGUUCAAUCGAUCUCAUGAUCUUAAAACAUCAGUUCCUGUCACUUCAACAUUUUUCUUGAAUAUCAUCCUUGCUGAAUUUAACUUAUUAUUUAUAAUCGUUAGGACUGGGUAGAGAACACAGAGGUGAUCAGUUUAUAAGAUGGUCCAGUGGUAUGAACGAUAGCUAUAUAGUGUUGAUAGCGAAGAAAAUUUUCUUCUCAUAGUUGUAUGGUAAUGUUAUGUGUGUUACUCAUGUCGACAGAUAUAAAUAUUAUGUAACAUUAAUCGAAAGUGGAAUGCCUGACAACAUAGGGUUAAGAGGAUCUAAUAGAAGGGAAUGGGAACAGAGAGUGAUUGGUAUGAAAAUGAAGGAACAACAAAUUCUGAAACAGUUGAUUGACAUUUUGCAAAUGAAGUAUUAAACGUAUGAUAUUCACAUUUUCCCAAAUCACUCUGUAAUUUUGUGUUCAAAUACAUUUGGUUGUCCCCAUUUGAGUUCUCGUUCAUUACAGUAAAUAUAUGUCUGUAGAAGGAUAGGAAAGAUUUCACCAUAAAGCGAUUCGAGACACCAAAUAUCAGAUGAGAUUGCGCAAUCAUCAUGGUGUUAGAGAACAAUAGGAGAAUGAAAUUAAUUUACGAGUUAAAAUUACAAAAGAUAAUUUUCCGCUUGACUGAUAUGAAGAAAUCAUGAGUCAAUUGAAGCUAGAGUACCAAGGAAAACCUGACUGACUUCAGGAGACACUCCUGGAGUUCUAGUGAGAAGUCGUUACCAGUGGAGUUCAACCAGGUCUGUUGUGAGAUAGGAACUCACUGAAGACAAUGGUGUACGGCGGCGCAACUUCGUGGAUUGGUUGAAGUUAGACAUUAACACCAAUGGAUGCCGACUCAAUGGUCUAGUUGGUUAAGCGCUUGGUACGAGACUGAUGGGUCCUGGGUUCGAAUCUCGCGGGGUCGUGGAUGCGCACUGUUGAGGUGUCCCAUACUAGGACGAGACGGCCGUCCAGUGCUUCCAGGUUUUCCAUGGCAGUCGAGCUUCAGUUGGCUCAUGAUUUCAACCAGUGAAAAUAUAUACGUUAUAAGAAAAUUUCUUUAAUAGUACCUCUAAUUUCAAGUUGUUAGUAAAUUUAGAUUGUAGUUAGUGAUGGAAUACUGGAAGAACGUUUAAUGUUGUUUAGUAUAUCCACAACAGAUAAAUCCUAUAGAUUUCUUUGAAGACUUUUAUCUAUCUAACUUCUUUACAUGAUAGUAUCCUCAGUUUUAUUUCAUGAAAACAAAAAAAAAUAAGAAUGAUUGGUUCGGUGAAAACAAAAUUGAGACAUUCUUAACAUAAAGUUGAUUAUUUCAUUGUUUCAUUACUUGUUUGUUUGUUUGUUUUUUCUUCUUUUGUAUAUUGAUGAAGAUUAUCAUUGUAAGUUUUUAUCAACCCCCCCCCCUCCAAAAUAGAAAACAGUAACCUAAGCUAACUAACACCAUGCCUAUUUCACUUAAUUUCAAUGUUCAUACGUAUAAAUAUUUCAAUGAUUUAUAUACUGUUUAUUUAAUCAUUCAAAUGCGGGUUUAUUAUUUGAUAACACAAUUGGUAAAGGUUUCAAAACGAUAGGAUUAGAAUACACAUUAUUAUUAUCGUAAAGUGGGACCUAUAAAAUUCUUUAAAUGGUGUUUGUAGAAUCUUCAAGAUCGACUCAUUUUAAAGUCAACUUGGUGAUUGACACAAAUAUCAAAUAUACCAUUCUUUAAUUCAUUUGUAUCGGUUGUUUGAAUCUCUCCAUUGGUGUUAGUAACUGGAAUUGAGUCCCAGAGUGAACAUCUACUCUGAAAUGCAGGUACAAAUAGCUGACGAAUCCCAAAGAGGAUGAAACGCGCGCCCUGGUUUUCACUUGUAUCCAUUAUCCUUUUCUUCUUACUAUACCCUUCGUUUCCGUUUACUAACUUACUUGUUGACUAUUAGUCCGACGCUUAUUUCAAUCACUUACCGUACAGUGUAGAACAAAGUACAAAAAAAUGUGCAUCGACCUAAAUUUUCAUUGCUGAAAUCAGUAAACUAAAAACAAAGACUAUUAAAAAUCGGGAUUUAAAGUUUCAGAAUAGACAGUUCGUAGCUAGUUAUGGGAUUUAUGAUGCUCGUUCUAUCGUAUAUGGGACUCAUCAGCUGGAUCUACAUCCAUCUCAGUUUUUUAACCUUUAUUAAUCAUGAUAUUAGGAUUCAGAGGAAGAUUUCAUGAAAAGAUAAACAAAUUCACCUGUUCUAAUAUGUCCUAUUCUGAGUCAUACCACUUAGUAUACAGUUAUAAAUUUCAAUUAUCUCAUGAGACUCCAACAAAGGCGCUCAUAAAUCCGAUCAAAUAACUUCAUAGACUGACUUUUUAUUUAUGAUAGUCUGAUGGUCUCCUUAACCUGUUUUACAGUUGCUAAAAAUUAAUAAACCAAAUCAAUAUUCUGUCACAAAAAUAGCAAUGGUUGAGUAGAAAGUGGUCAUGAGCACUAUUGAGUUGUAGUUCGCAUGUUCAAUCUGAUGUUUCGAUUUUGCAUCGAGAAUAUUUGAAACUCCAAACACAUCUCAUUAUUAAAUGUGUAAGAAGUAUGAAAUCUUAGCCUUUUCCCUUCUCCUCUUAGACAUCUUAUACUUAGAUUAUCAACUGUAUUCGUUACGUACCAACCAAUUAACUCAUAAUUAGGCUACUUAAAUAAGGAUCGAUAUUCAUGGUCUAAAUUUGCUCACCUGUCAAUCAUCAUCUCACUGUAAAUAAGUAUUUUACUGCAUAGAAUAAGAGUAAGUUCUGUAACAGUGAUAAUCUCUGUGUUAUUUGAUUUUGGGUAGUUGGAGGUAAACGGUAGGUAUCCGCGAACCUGGUUUUUACGCUAGUUGUCACUCAUCAUCAAGGUGUACUGAUGGUUCGUGUUGAAUUUGAUCUCAGGUUACCCAGAUUUGUAGUACAAGACGUUGCCGUUGAGUUAUUAAAACAACAACUUACCUUUAUGAUUGGGACAUUUGCACUAGUUAUUUAAUUCUUAGUGCUGGUAGAAUUCUAUCAGCCAGGUUGUAAUGUAACUAGUUUUAGAUAGACACGUUUGUCUGGGCUUUUUGUGUUUUUUCUGUAAUUGUCAUUGUUAUGAAAUACCUUUAUGUGUCAUAAUUUAAUUUACAGCAGCAACCACUUCAGCCAUUGAGAACUGGUUUCUUAAUGUGGAGUCAUUUCAAUAAUUCAUGGUCUACAAAAUCACCUAUUCGACUACCAAAAUCUUCCGUACAGUAUCGAUCUGUUGAUACAAGUUCUGAAAUACGAAAAGAAUUGCUUCGUGAUAUUGGUCCAUUUAACUCUUCUAGCAAAUUUGCAUGCAAAAACUCUUCUACAGAUCCCGUGGACAAUCAUCAUGAUUCAAAUACCAAAUCAACUUCUAAUUCACUGCCUCACAUCAACAAUCGAUCGUUCGAUUCAUCAAUUAAUAUAGAAUCGACAAAUCAUAAAUCAUCAUCUGCAUGCCUAUCUCGUUUAUUUUGUGUUUUACAAACGGAUACUUCAUUCGAAUUCUACGCUGCUCGUGCUGAUACACGUGCAGUAGAUAAAAUUACUGUGAUAGGUUUACGUUUAUUCUACCUAGAUGAUAAUUUCAAUGAUACAUUUUCAAAUCACAAUGGUAAUUUAUCAACAAUACAACAACCUACGCUGCAUACUAAAGCACGAAGUUUUGAUAAUUCGUCUAAUGUGAACAAGGAUUUUCCUGAAAACACUAUUGGGUCAUUUAGACGGGAAUAUUCUAGAUUAUAUAGACAAGGUAAUCCUAUAUAUCGAAACUGUAAACCUCCUCCACGGGAUCGUAACAUAUUUGAUCAUGGAUUUUCUAGUGAAACAUCUAGUCUUUCAGAUGUAACAUCUUUAUCGAAAUCUUAUAUCAAACCAUCAUCAGUUAGUACCUUAGAAGCUGAUAGAUUAUCGAACCGAUCUACACAAUCUUGUAGAGAAAGAUCCUCUAAAGAGAAUCAUAAAAAUUCUCUAUGUAAUUUUUCUGGUGAUCAAUCCAAUGAUGAUGACGGAAUUGUAACUAACAGUGAAAUAAUAAAACAUGUAGAAACAAUCAGUCCUGAGAUAUUGAGUCUUCUGCGUAAUAAUUUAGGUUUUCUUCUGUUACCUUUAAAUACAGACCGUCCAGCACAUUAUUUUGAAGCAACAACAGUAGAAAUCAGAACACAAUGGAUCAAUUCUAUUCGUCGUGUUUGCAUAGAUUUCAUGUCCUCUCCGCCUUCCAGGUGAACAAGAUAGAGAGGUGAAUGCAUCUACUACCAUCUAUCGGUCAAUAUUUUUGGAUAGAAAUAACAAAUAAAAAGUUGAUGUUAUCAUAUUAUCUUGUAAGAUGUUGUCUGUUUGUUUGUUUUUUAUAUAUUUUAAUGCCAUAUGUUUAUUUGUUGAAACAACAACAAAAAAGAUCUUUUUUUACCUCUCUUAUUCUUUCAGUAUGUUGCGUUACGUUACUUACAAGUAGUAUGUUUAUUUUUUUAUGAAUAUAAUGAAAUUGUGACUCAAUUUCAUCUUGUUGUCAUGGCGUCUCUGUUCCAUGAAUUACUUUUCUAUAUUGUUUUUAUUCCUCAUACUGAUGAGGUAUGUUUUUUUGUCUUUGUAAACGGGCAUAAGUUCGGGUCUUUUCUACUAUUUAUAGUAAUUUUAUUUUAUAUUUUUCUAGUGUUUUUUUUUCUUAUUCUACCGUACUUUUAAUUGUUUAUAUUGUGUUCUUUUCUCCCUCACAUAAUUGAAUAUGAUUUUCUUUUUGUUUAUUCCAAAUUUACUUUUAAUGGAUGGAUGUAAAUGGGAAGGUAAGAUAAUUCUAUGCUAUUUCUAAUAGUCUAUGUGGUUAGAGAUUACUGGAAUAUUGGGUUUCUUUAAUUUUUUCAAUUUUCAAUCUGAUUAUGGGUCAUUCAUUUUGUUGAAUAAGACUUUUUUUGGAAAUAAUUAGUGUCAUUUUAAUGAUUUUGAUUGAUAUCCAGUACUUUAUUAAUGGGUAGUUGGUUUUACGGCUAAUUACAUUUUGUCAUGUAAUUUCUUCCCCGUAUGUUUUACGCUAACUUACUGACUGAUACAGAAAUACAGUUCUACAGUGUUGAGAUGAUAUUUUUUGGCCUACUGAUCUGACUACAAUUUUGUUGUACAACGAUGUUAACGAAAUAUAUAUCCUGGCUAAACUCGUAGAUAAUAAUCGAUUUAAUUCACGUUAGAGAAUAACAGAAUAAACUAUUCCAAAUAUGAGAAUGAACCUUGAAUACGUAUAUUUUGCACACAUUUUGAUUCAUACAAAUAAAGCGGAGAAGCAGACCGGAGAAGGCACGUGUGCCAGAAAAAUAAAUAAGUUAGUCUGUCCGGAGGCUAGAAUAAUCUAUAUAGACUUGACAUAGUACUAGACACAACAAAUAUGUAGACUAAUUUAUUAAACGACGAAAAAACAUCCACGACAAAAUAUAAUUAUUGUUUGGUAUCGCGCACUAACUUGAACUGAACAGUCACUGAAAACGAGGAAGCUCUAAAGAGCCGCUUCUUACAAGUAUGGGUAUCUUCAGCAAAUUGCGUGAACUAACUCACCAUCCAUCGGACAAAGAAUAUUCAAGCUUUUCUUAGAGCUGUUCACUUUCAGAAAAUUAGGUAGUCUGAAUCUCCUGUAAUACUAAAAUAUAAUUGCGUUCUAAUGUCUACUAGUUCAAUUCGGUUUAAUUCCAGAUUGCUUUAAAUGAGACUUUCUUCAGUAAUGCGGUCUUUGAAUGCAAUCAUUGUUUGUAUUUCUCAAUUUAUUUCAUGAUCUUGACUAUAGAGGUUUGAAAUGUACAGUGAAAACUAACACAUAUAUAUUAUAUUUCUAAAAGAUAUUUAGUAACAGUCCCAUCAGAACGUUAAGUUAACCAUACAUUUAAAAUUAGGCAUUGUCACAUUUCGAAGAUAUUGGAAGUGCUUGUCAGUUGAAGCUGUCAAUUUUACAUGACUUUUCAUGAAAAGCAAUGAGUUCACCACAUUUUCUUUUCAGUACAAGAUUAUUGAAUGUUAGAACUGUAAACUUGCUGGAAUUAUGUACUGAUAGUCUAAAAUAAAUUUGUAAGCCUAAAUCAUUUCAUAUUGAUUAAUUACUAUCCUAGUGACUCAAACUAGUCAAGUUUUAGUUCGUUAAAUGAGUGUUGUCAGUUAUUUCAGAACUGUUGCCUCAAAUCUCCAAUUAUUUUAUGUUUGUUUGAAUAACUAUUGUCCAAAAAGAAAAACAACAAAACUGAUAAAAAUACAUUGUAUUCAGACCACAUGGCAUAGUUACUAUUUGGUACGAUCUGUGUUCGAUGGUACUAGUGUAUCCGUUGUUCAACAUAACUGGUAUACGACUUUCAAACAAUGUAGGGUUGCCUACUGACGAAAUCAAAAUGUGAUCUUGUGUUUUUAUUGGAAUAACAGUUUUGAACGAUCUUUGAUUAAUGAAAUUCACAUUUAAAAACGUAAAUUCUUGUCGAAGGAUUCAACUUAAUUAUUUCUAUCAGAAGGAGUUUUUAUGGAUAUGACAGUAAUUUCAGUGGUUGAGAUCAUGAAUCAUUUGAAGCUAGACAACUAUGGAAAACCUGGCAGCACUGGACGGCCGUUUCGUGGAUUGGUUGGAGUUAGACAUUAGCACCAUUGGAUGCCAGCUCAGUGGUCUAGAGGUUAUGAGUUCGUGCGCAAGACUGAAAGGUCCUGGACUCGGAUCUCGCAAGUCGGGACCGUGGAGACGCACUACUGAGAGGUCUCACAAUAGGACGAAAUGGCCGAUUAGUGCUUCCAGGUUUUCCAUGGUGGUCUAUCUUCAAUUGACUCAUGAUCUCAAUCAUUGAAAUUAAUUAUUUCUGUUGAGGAUAUUUUCAUUCAAUGAACUUACUGACAAGUACAUCAAGUGAUCCAAUUGUAGAAUGUAGCUCAUAAAAAUUACAUUCCAAAUAGAUUUUUAAAGAAUAAAAGUUCUACAGUAGUAUCAUUAUAGAAUAAAUUUAAUAAUAUCCAUGUACAUAAACAUAGAAUCCACUCACUUUAUUGAACAUUUUUAACGAUGUAUGUAGUAAUUACUACCAAAAAACGACUAUAUUUUAGUACAUAUAGUUCAUUAAGAAAAUAUGUAUACCGUACCGGGAUUCAUUCAAAUGUCCAUACAUCACAAAAACAAACAUUAAUCUUCUAUAUGAAUCAAUACACUAACCUGAAGGUCAUUUUUAUCGAUUCUCAAUUGGUUGUUAAACAAGAAUGUAGGUUAGUCAAAUUAACUUGACCUAAACUGUUAGAAUUAUGUUAGUAUCUAACCUUUUUAGGGUAACAAACUAUAUUCGAUUUAUAGUUGUUAUGUUCUCUGAACUUUGUAUUAGAUUCAUCAUAUUACACUUAUUAUUUAUUUCACUGGUUGAAAUCAUGAGUCAAUUGAAGCUUGACCACCAUGGAAAACCUGAAAGCACUGGACGGGGGCGGGAUCGUAGAUGCACACUGCUGAGGAGUCCCAUACUAGGACGAAACAACCGUCCAGUGCUUCCAGGUUUUCCAUGGUGGUCUAGCUUCAAUUGACUCAUGAUUUCAACCAGUGAAAUUUCUAAGAUCUCCACAAAACCCCUUCUUAUUAAUUAUUAUCAACAUUCUACCAUUCCAUUAUUGAUAUUUGGUUUAUCGGGAUUGAUUAUAAGUGAAAGAACUUUCUUCCUAUGUUUUAGUUUAGAGUUCAUGAUAUCUCUAGGAUUGAUAAGAAAAUACCACAGCAUAGGUAGUUGGAUUACAUGUAUAUUGUUAAGUCUGACACUACAAGAAUUAAUUACAGUUAAGUACACAGACUCUUAUGCAAUUAUUUAUUGAAUUCCCCGUGUUUCUUUUAUCAAAUAAACUCAUGAUCUUAUGCCGACAUCUCCACAAAAUAUAUGUGUUGAUCAAGUAUCGGAUUUAAAGAGCCCAUAAUGAUGAAAUAUUUUCAACCUCUCCUAAAGUAAACAUAUUUAACCUGUUAUAACUUGUGAACCUGUGUGCCCUGUUUAUUGUAUAACGCAGAGAUACCGCCAAUCAGAGAGCAGUGACUUGUCGACCGAACCAGUGACGCAUAAAACACGUGCGAGCAGCCUAGAGCUCUGAUUGGUCUCACUUCCUGUCUAGCCCAGCCAGAACACCAAUCUCAGCCUCUGCAAUGUGAAUCAUUUAUUUCAAACAUACGGGGUUUAUGUACCAAUCAAACAGACCAUAACGUACCAUAAAAUAGAAAAUAACAUUUGUACAAUAUUUGGCCAAAAGUGGCUGUGAAUGAUGGAGGUAGUGAUUAAUAGACAGGGAUUAAUUCAAGAACGACUUUUGAGUCUCAAAUCGUAAUAACACAUUCCAGUAGCAUGAUGACAUCACGAAAGUCCCUUUGGUGGUUAAUUGGAUAUUUUGGACCCCCCAAAGCCUGAUCUCUGGACGUUAUAAACAGAAGACCCUUAUACAGAAACUUUUCCAAAGAUACUAUGAAUUCUCGUGUAUGCAGUUUUAAACCAUAUUUUCAUCACUUGACAUUUGGAAAACAGAUAUUAUAAUUUACAUUUGCUCAGAAGUAGAAAAUCGAGAUAAACUUCUCUAUGUAUAAUGGAAUACUUAACAAUAACCUUGAAGCUGUAUUUUUUGUUUUUUGUGUAGUUGAUUAGUAAACUUGUAAUUAUUGAUUGGUGGAAACAAGGAUCAAUGAGUAAGAGAAAAACUCUUCCCCUGCCCGUAAAGUAUACACUAGACAUUUUUCCGAUUUCUUUUUUCACAGAAGAGAACGUAAAAACAGGCCAAUAAACGGUUCGUACUUCCAUUCAGGAA